ACAUCCGGCGGUGAUUUUUGAGCGCCAGAGGUGCGGCGCACAAUUAGCCCAGCGUCGUCCGGGUUUGGUCGUCAUUGUAAAUAACAAUUUGUUCUUUAACGGACUUACCUAGUUAAGUAAAGGUUGAAUAAAACAAAACAUUUAAAACCAUUACUCUGGUCUCUGUAGUCAGGAACUUGAGAGAAACACAGCGAGGACGGUUUGGUGUCCACUUGUUACCACAACUACAAAGUGUAAAAAUAAAAAAAAUCGUCAAAAAUGUAUAUUAACAAAAAAUAGCUUUUUGGUCUUAAAUUAUGGUUAAAAUUAAGCAUAAGGUUAACAUUGUGCUUAUGGUCAGGUUUCAAAUCUAAUUUUAAGAAGCUACAUUUAAGAAAAGGGCGGAGUUUAUAACUCUGUGGCUGUGUUAACUGGUGACGACCGAGACAACAAUAACACAAGUCAGGUCUGACUUUUACUUCGGAUUCAACCUAUUCUGACAGGCCAAAGCCAACAACAUCCGCGAAUGUGUGCUUUCUUUCUCAUGUUGAUUGAUGGGUGACACGCGUCGAAUAGUAGGUGCUACAGCCUGACUACCCAUACUGCCCUGGUCCCCAGUGUCAGCCUGACUACCCAUACUGCCCUAGUCCCCACUGUCAGCCUGACUACCCAUACUGCCCUAGUCCCCACUGUCAGCCUGACUACCCAUACUGCCCUGGUCCCCACUGUCAGCCUGACUACCCAUACUGCCCUAGUCCCCACUGUCAGCCUGACUACCCAUACUGCCCUAGUCCCCACUGUCAGCCUGACUACCCAUACUGCCCUGGUCCCCACUGUCAGCCUGACUACCCAUACUGCCCUAGUCCCCACUGUCAGCCUGACUACCCAUACUGCCCUAGUCCCCACUGUCAGCCUGACUACCCAUACUGCCCUGGUCCCCAAUGUCUACCUGACUACCCAUACUGCCCUGGUCCCCAGUGUCAGCCUGACUACCCAUACUGCCCUUGUCCCCAGUGUCGCCUGAGUCUUUCCCCCACACUAUGGACCUCAACCUUGGGUAGAGCAGUCCUACACACCCCUGGAGAAACAUUCCACCCUCUCUCCUUUCCUCCCUCUUCCCCCUCCCCUGUCUCUGUCCUUCUCUCUCCUUGUCUCCUCCUCCUGUCCCUCUCCAUACCUCUCUCCUCUCUUGUCUCCCUCUUCCCCCUGUGUGUGAUGAUGGCUGAUGGUACAGAGUCUCUACAAGCCAGUGUAAACUCCUACUGGGCAGCUUCUCCCAUCCACGCCUCCGCUAUGUCUGACGAGGAGACCGAGGGACAGGACACUGAUGAGAUAGACAGGGCCCCUCUGCUGCCCAAGCAGCACCAUGCAGGACCCCCGGGGGCCACGGGGCGGCCCCUAGCCUCCCGCCACUGUCCAGAAGACUCCUACUGUAUGGUGUACAUGAUCUUCUUCCUGUUGGGCAUCGGCUCUCUGCUCCCCUGGAACUUCUUCAUUACAGCGAAACACUACUGGACCUACAAGCUGAGCAAUAAUACUGACGGGCACGGAGAGGAGCCGCGCUCAGACCUUAGUGAGUACUUUGAGAGCUAUCUGGCCAUCGCCUCUACAGUGCCUUCGGUCCUCUGUCUGGUCCUCAACUACCUGUUAGUUAACAGGUUGUCCCCAGCGGUGCGUAUCCUGUCGUCUCUGCUCAUCAUCUUGGCUGUGUUCAUAGUGACCACGGUCAUGGUCAAGGUGGAUUCCUCUGGUUGUAGAGAGCAGUUCUUCUUUGGGACUUUAGCCAGUGUUGCUAUGGUCAGCGGGGCGUCCAACCUCUUCUCUGGCUCUGUGUUCGGGAUCAGUGGGCAUUUUCCUAUGAGGAUAUCACAGGCACUCAUAUCAGGCCAGGCUAUGGGUGGUACUAUCAGUGCAGUAGCCUCCAUAGUGGACUUGGCAGCAGCUAAAGAUGUGACUGACAGCGCUCUAGCUUACUUCCUGACAGCUGAUGUCUUCAUCCUCUUCUGUAUCCUCAUGUACCUGCUGCUGCCUAAGCUGGAUUACUCACGGCACUACAUGCUGGCAGCAGAGUACAACAAGUCAGGGUCUAUACCAGAGCCCCGCGGUGAGGCGGACGGCCUGGAGGGGGCACCAGCGAGCACGGUCUCCUCCGUGUCCAUCCCUCCUCUGAAACCCAUCCUUCAGCAGACAUGGCUCCUGGGUCUCUGUGUCUUCUACGUCUUCUUCAUCUCUAUAAUGGUGUUCCCUGCAGUCUCUUCUGGGAUCCAGUCUGUUAACCAGAAGAGUGGCAGCCCCUGGACAACAACAUACUUCACCCCCAUCACCAGCUUCUUCCUCUACAACGUGGCUGACUUCUGUGGUCGUCAGGCCACGGCCUGGCUGCAGGUCCCAGGCCCCACCAGUAGAGUCCUCCCCGCCCUGGUCCUCUCCCGGACAGUCCUGGUGCCUCUCCUCAUGUUCUGCAACUACCAGGUAAAGAAAAUGAGAGAACGUCCACAACUCUUAUCCUCUAGUGGUAAUAAGGAAAAGGGUGCUUGGGGGAGCACAGUCCAUUAGCCAGUCUGUCUGUGCUG